AUGUCUUGUGAUACUCACCUUUCUCAAUCAAAAGGAGCCGAAACCAACCAAAUGGAGGAUGUUGACCGUGAACUUGGUUAUCCGCUCCCAACCGAAUUGCCGUAUGAUGGCUCCCAUGAAUUUACCAGUGACAAAAAUGUUCAACUGGACCACAACAUCCUCGGCAAGGACGGCGCUCAAGCAACGUCCGAAAAUGUGUAUUACCAGAGGCCCAAAAACUUCUUCGCCCGUGCCUUUAACUACAUCAUCCCACACGGAAGCAUCCUCUCCGGCAGCUUCAAUCUCGCGAGCAUCACUCUCGGGGCGGGCGUUCUGUCGCUGCCCUACGCAUUCAGCAUCGGGGGCAUCGUCAUGGCCACCCUCUACCUCCUUAUCUUCACGGCCUUCACCGUUCUUUCGGUUGUGUUGAUCGUGGAGGCCUCCGAGAGGACGGGCCUUCGGAGCUUCGAAAAGCUCGCGUUGGGGCUCUUCGGCCGGGGCGGCAAUAUCUUCGCGGCCCUCGUCAUGUGGCUACUCUGCUUCGGCGGUGCGACCGGCUUCAUUAUCGCCGUCGGCGACAUCUUUAAAGUCCUUAUGAAUCAUGACAGUAUCCCCGACUUCUUCAAGAGCUCGAAUGGCCGGCGCUGCCUGCAGUGUUUGGUGUGGGUCUUCUUCAUGCUCCCCGUGGCGCUGCCGAAGUACAUCAACUCCCUGCGCUACGUGUCCGCCGUGGGGGUGUCCUUUGUGUUCUUCUUCGUCUUCUGCGUUACCGGCUACUCCAUCGAGAGUUGCGUGAGGAACGGGCUGCCCGAGGGUCUGAUGAUGGCGCGGACCGGCAAUACGGCCGUCGUAGCAUUGGCCAUCUUCAUCUUCGCCUUCAUCUGCCAGUGCAACUGCCUGAAGAUCUACUACGAAAUGCAUCACCGAACGGUCGCCCGCAUGGCACUCAGCGCCGCGCUCAGCUGCUGCAUCUGCAUGGUCAUGUACUUCCUCAUCGGGUUCUUUGGGUACGUGUACAUCGGUCCCAAAAUAGACGGAAACAUCAUUCUGUACAUCAACCCAUACGAGAAUUACAUUUUCUUUAUCUGUUUCGCCGGCAUGAUCAUAAAGCUCGUCGCCUCCUUCGCACAAACUAUGAUGGCAUGCCGCACGGCGCUCUUCCAGGUGAUGAACUGGGACGUGGAGACGAUGCCGUACUGGAAGCAUACGAUUUUCGCGGGUUCCUUUGCGACGGCAGGGCUAAUAUUGGGUCUCUUCGUACCCAAUGUAAGCAUGGUCUUUGGCCUGGCUGGUGCCCUAUGCGGCGGCUUCAUCGGCUUUGUCCUCCCAGCCCUCUUUGUGAUGUACGCGGGAGGUUGGUCGCUGAAAUCUGAGGGUUUGUUUAUGUACAUCGCCACAUACAUAUUGCUCCUCUUCGGCGUUGUUGGCAUCGUGUUCGGCACUACAUGUACCAUCUAUGGUAUGGUACAGUAA